AUGACCAACCUUGCAAAGAGAGUCGAGCUCAGCUCGGGCUGGACCUUCAAGCAAACAGAUGAAGGGGAAGAUGCCUGGGCACCUGCCGCAAAGAUCCCUACAGUAUCUCAUCUGGACCUCAUGGCGAAUGAUCGCAUUCCGGAUCCAUUCCUGGGUCUCAAUGAGCUUGAUGUCGAGUGGGUCGGAGAAAAGUCCUGGACAUACCGCACAACCUUUGAUGCGCCGGACGGCGCCGCGAAUUCUUCUGUCUUUCUCCUGUUCGAAGGACUGGACACCUUUGCUACAGUAACGCUGAACGGAAGCGUGGUAUUGAAGAGCGACAACAUGUUCCUUAGCCAUCGUGUCGACAUCACUAAGCUUUUGAAGGAUUCCAAUUCUCUAGUCAUUGAUUUCGACAGCGCUCUCCUGCGCGGCAGAGCCCUUGAGAAGGAGCAUUCUGAUUACCGUUUCAUUGCUCACAAUGGUGAGACUGGACGACUUGCUGUCAGGAAGGCUCAAUAUCACUGGGGAUGGGACUGGGGACCUGUUAUCAUGACUGCCGGUCCCUGGAGACCCGUUUACCUUGAAGUCUCCUCGUCACACGUCGAAGACUUUUGGGUGAAAUACGAGGUCUCGGGCAACCUGACUACUGCUACAGGCACCGUCGAGGUCCGAUCGUCUGGCCAAGUGGACCAGCUUCGGCUCUCCAUCAGUUCGAACAGCGGCACUGCGUUUUCUGGCUCUGCAUGCUCUGCAGCGAGCGGCAAAGUCAACAUUGAGUUCAAGAUCGAUGACUUGAAGGCGUGGUACCCGGUUGGGUAUGGUGACCAAUCACUAUACGAUGUUACUGUGGAAAUUAUCCGUAACGGGUCUGUCGUCGAUCGCAUGACAAAGAGAACGGGGUUCCGCCGAAGCGAGCUCGUGCAAAAGGAUGAUGCGCAUGGACAGUCCUUCUACUUCCGCGUCAACGGCGUGGAUAUUUUCGCGGGAGGGUCUUGCUGGAUUCCUGCCGACAACUUCUUGCCGCGCCUUACGCGAGAAAAGUACAGAGAGUGGCUGCAGCUGAUGAUUGAGGGCAAUCAGGUCAUGACGAGGGUGUGGGGUGGCGGUAUAUACGAAGACGACGCAUUCUAUGAGAUUUGUGACGAGCUCGGCAUCCUUGUCUGGCAAGAUUUCAUGUUUGCAUGUGGCAGUUAUCCCACGUGGCCUUCGCUCAGGGACUCUGUGGAAGCCGAAGCCAGACAGAACAUCAGGCGUCUGCGACAUCACCCAUCGAUUGUCCUCUACGCCGGAAACAACGAGGACUAUCAAAUCCAAGAGGGAUACAAUCUUGACUACGACUACGAGAACAAGGAUGCGGAGUCAUGGCUGAAGAGCAGCUAUCCUGCUCGCUACUACUAUGAGCAUUUGCUUCCCAAGGUCAUGGCAGGCGAAAGCCCUAGCGUUCCGUAUUGGCCCAGCUCCCCAUUUUCCGGCGGCAAGAGGUCAGAUGAUUUGACUGUUGGCGAUGUACAUCAGUGGAACGUCUGGCACGGGACACAGGAAAAGUAUCAGACCUACGCGAAAAUUGGAGGCCGAUUCAACAGCGAAUUCGGUCUCGAAGCGUUUCCCCAGCAAGCAACUGUGGAACAUUUUGUGACGAAGCCCUCGGAGAUGUACCCUCAGUCUCAUACACUGGACUUUCACAACAAGGCCGACGGUCACGAGAGGCGGAUCGCAACGUACCUGGUCGAGAACUUCCGGCCUCCUACAGACGUGAAGUCCCAUAUCUACCUGACCCAACUUUCCCAGAGCGAAGCCCUGGGCUACGCGUACCGAGGAUUCAGGCGCCAGUGGGGCCACGAGCGUCAUUGCGGUGGCGCCCUCGUCUGGCAGCUAAACGAUUGUUGGCCAUGCACCUCUUGGGCGAUCGUCGACUUCUUCCUCCGCAAGAAGCCUGGCUUCUACACUGUUGCGCGAGCACUGCGCCCAAUCACCGUCGGAGUGGAACGAGAGCACCACGACUGGAGCGUGUGCCACGCUCGGCCUGCGAAAAAGUCGCCUUUCAGCGUCUGGAUCUCGAGUAGCAAGCUCACAGAGACCACCGGCGAUGUUGAGAUUCGCUUCUUUUCCGUGCAGACUGGUGCAGAAGUCAAGGCGGCCAUUAUCAAGUCGAAUGUGGCCAUCGCACCAAACGGAACCACCGAGAUCUAUACCGGUGAGAUCGACAACGUCAACGAGGAGCCCCAUGUUGUCGCUGUGCGACUUCUGUCUUCUGGGAAAGUCAUCGCUCGAGAGGCCGACUGGCCUCAACCUCUCAAGUACUUGGCCUUCCCUGACCGAGGCGUGAAAGUCGAAGCCUCUCCUGGGCGGUAUAUCAUCACGGCUCACAGGCCGACGAAAGGGCUGGUGCUGGGAGAGAAGGACGGUGUGCGUCUUAGCGACAAUGGUGUUGAUGUCAUGCCUGGAGAUGAACAGGUGAUCCAGGUCGACGGAUCGUCAGUGCAAGGCACACCAAGCUUCCAGUAUCUUGGAAUGAAUGAGGCGUAG